AGGGCGGGCGGAAAGGGGGGGUGGGGGUGAAGGGGAGCGUGGCUUCGUCUCUCCCUUCCCCUGCACACCCCCCGCCUCCCCCCCGCCUCCCUUCCCUCAGCCAAUCGGCGCGGAGGAAAACCCUCGUGCCGCUGACGCCCCCACGGGAGCCCCCCUUUUAAAAUAAAGCGGCGGCGACGGGUCACCCCCACGGCGCGCGGCGCGGCGGGAAGCAAGGGGGGAGCGUGUGUGUGGGGCGCCCGGGCGGGGCGGCCUCGCUCGCUCACAGACAGAUAGACAGCCACAGUACUGCAGGAUGCCCGCGGCUCCUCCGCCGAGGGGCUGAGGCGUGCGAGGGCCGGGAGGUCGCGAGGAGAGGGAGGAAGGCAGGAGCGGCGCUUGGGGAGGGUCUGGUGCCCGCUCCGCGGUGCGGCUGAGGAUGGCGCCAGUGAGUGAGCAACUGGCACCGCAGGGCGCGGGGGACCCCACCGCCGCCCCCCUGCCCGGCCCGGCAGUGGUGGAGCCGGAGCCGCGGCGGGAGAACGGCAGCGAGUGUUGCCCCUUGAGCGGCAGCCCGGCCGCGCCGAGCGGCGAGAACGGGGCCCAGCCCCGGGCAGCUCCGGAGGCCCCCGGGAACGCGGGCAGCCCCGGGAACGCGGCGCCUGAGCCCCCCGAGGGCGGCUGGGGCUGGGUGGUGAUGUUGGCCGCCAUGUGGUGCAACGGCGCCGUCUUCGGCAUUCAGAACUCCUGUGGAGUCCUCUUCGUCUCCAUGCUCGAGCUCUUCGGCGGCAGCAAGGACGAGCAGAUGGUGUUCAAAACAGCAUGGGUGAGCUCUCUUUCUAUGGGGAUGGUCUUCUUCUGUUCUCCCAUAGUCAGCAUAUUCACAGACCUGUUUGGCUGUCGAAAAGUAGCUGUGAUUGGAGCUGCAGUAGGGUUUGUAGGACUCCUUUCAAGUUCUUUUGUAAGAACCAUUGAACCUCUGUAUUUCACUUAUGGAAUCUUAUUUGCCUGUGGCUGCUCAUUUGCCUACCAGCCAUCCUUGGUUAUUCUUGGGCACUAUUUCAAGAAGCGCCUUGGACUAGUGAAUGGCAUUGUCACUGCAGGCAGCAGCUUGUUCACCGUAUCACUGCCUUUCCUCUUGAAAGUUUUAAUCAAUUCUGUUGGCCUACACAACACCUUGAGGGUCCUGUCCAUCCUUAUGUUUAUUCUGUUCCUGGCUGGCUUCACGUACAAACCUCUUGUUUCCAAUGCCAAAGACAAGGAGGGAGGAAAGAUGGGAAAGUUCAGAUUUCCUCCUGAAAAAAAGAUUUGCAAUUUUUCCGUCUUCAAAGUUCUCAGUUACCGAAUCUGGGCUUUUGGGAUCCCGGUUGCCCUCUUUGGAUACUUUGUGCCUUAUGUUCACUUGAUGAAGCAUGUAAAAGACAGAUUUCAUGACGGCGUACAAAAAGAAGUGCUUCUGUUGUGUCUGGGCAUUACUUCAGGAGUUGGCAGACUGAUUUUUGGCAGAGUUGCAGAUUAUAUUCCUGGUGCAAAAAAAGUUUAUUUACAGGUGGCCUCAUUCUUCUUUAUUGGCCUGAUGUCUAUGAUGAUUCCACUGUGCCACGUCUUUGGAGGUCUCAUUGCUGUCUGUCUCUUCAUGGGCCUGUUUGAUGGGUGCUUCAUCUGCAUUAUGGCUCCUAUUGCCUUUGAGCUUGUUGGGGCUCGGGAUGUCUCUCAGGCCAUAGGAUUUCUACUAGGGUUCAUGUCCAUACCUAUGACAGUUGGUCCACCCAUUGCAGGUUUGCUGUAUGAUGUACUGGGCAGCUAUGAUGUUGCGUUCUACCUGGCUGGAGUCCCACCCCUUAUUGGCGGAGCUAUAUUGUGUUUCAUCCCCUGGGUCCAUGAACGGCAGAAGUUAAAAGAGAGAGCAAAACCUGUUGAUGGAGAAACUACUGAGAAAAUGCUGGAAAAUGAAAGCACUUUGGUGUCAGACACUACAGAAAAGCCAGCCAAAGAAAUGGAAUCUGGCGUUUGAUGCCUUCUUUUCCUGUACCAGCCUGACCUCCUUCAACUGAAGCUAGAUUUGUACUUUUGGGCUGAAGAUAAAAUAUGUAAUGCUGAAGAAGUCUUGAACUAUCACUCAAAUUGCAAAACUGCUAUAAGUAUCUUUUAUACCAUUGAACUUUUUUUUGAUGAGUCACUGACAUUGAGUUUGAUUUCAAGACACAUCUUCAAGGUAUUUGAAGUUUUGUAGUGUUAGUGUGUACGUACGUAGUGAUUCUGUGUGUGAAGAGGAUAUUUUUCUAUGUCAUCAGAAUGUGUUUCUGGAAGUAUGAAAGCUGGUUUUGAUUCACUGAUCCGGGAUUCUUCAGUAACUUGUACAGUCCCUCCAACGCAGGCACACCCGCGGGUGUUCGUUCAUACUGGGAAAUGUAGUAGCUCUUACAACUGAUUUGGAUUUUUGAAGUUUCUCACGCUCUUUUACCGCCUUAUAUAACUCUAUAUCAUGAACAUGAAUUCACAUCUCUUUGAUUCCCUUAACUCUUGCUGAAAUAAUUUUGCAUUAGAAAGCUAAGGUAUUGAACAUCUGGUAUGUUUUUCUCUAAAUACCCCAGCCUCCUCAAUUUGCUUAAGCACUCACCUGUUUUUGUAUUCACCUUUUCACAGUCACCCAAAGAACAUUAGGAUGAAGUCUCUGAUGGGCACAGGUCUUGAAUAUGCACCAGCUCAGCUCUGAGUGCAAACAUAUUCAAAAGUAAAACUGCUGAAUAACAGGUUUUGUAAUGUUUAUUUGGUGAAGGCAAUACUAUUAAUGUAUGUGUAUAUAUUUUUUUUUGAGCUAAACCUCAGAAUAGUUGACAGUUUUGAGGUUGUGCUGACAGUAACUCUUUGGAGCAGUAUUUGUGAAUUAGACUAUUCCAAAUUAUUCUGUUUGACUUGUUAGGGUCUUUUUUUCUAUUCUUAAAAACAAGACAGCUUUAAAAGACACAUUCUAAGUGCAAUAGGUGUUUUUAAUGUGGAAAUAUAAAUGAGCUAUUAAAAUGACAUUCAACAAAGAUUUUUGCACUAAGUCAACAUACAGGUUUCUUAGAGGUCUUUUAUAUCUGUGUUCGGUUGCGUUGUAGGCUAUAGCACCAUAUUUUAUUCAAAUGAAAUGUCUUUGCAUGUCCUAUUUCUUGUUUAACAUACUAAACAUUUGACCCUGUUACUUAUGUAUUCUUAGUUGUUCUGUGCUGUGUCAAGCACGUGCUUCUGAAAACUUCUUUCUCUGAAAAAUACUUGGAAGUGUAAUACAUUGAGGAAAAACCCACUGCUUUUCAGUCCAUCCUAAAACACUUCCAAGUACGUUGUUUAUUUGCAGAUAUGCAUCAGCAGUGGAAUACCUUGAUUCUUUAUUUCAGAUCCAUUCAUUGCCAAUAAUUUUUAUUCUGUUGAAGUGUCAUAGCAAAGAGUAAACUACUACAGACAGGGCCCAUUGAAGUCUGUUUUCUUCAUUAGUAACAAUACCCGUUCUUUCAAUAACCCAUGGAGGAAUACUGUUUUAAAACUUUUAUUGCCUUUUCUAUUUUUAUUAUUAUAGUACACUAUACAUUUGCUAGAACUCUGGAGAAAGAAAAAGCAUAAAAAAUAGAAAAGACAAUAAAGGUUUUAAUUUGAAAACAGUAUUCCCCCCCUGGUUUAUGUACACUAUAUGGGCUCAGCACAUAUACACUUGUGAUGUAGUGAUACUGUUGCACAGAAUGAUCAGCUUAGAAAAGUCCUUUUAAUACAGUCAUGCAAAGCAACCUAAUGGAGACCAAAGCUCAUACUUUUUUUAUCAUGCAGAAUUUCAAUCCCUUCUUUACUUGAGUGAGGUUUAAUAGAACUGAACCUUAAAAUGUUAGAGGUGUAUGGUUCAGGCUUGGAGGCAGAAAAAAACAAAACCCAAUCUGUAAAACAGGUCUGUUUAGGUUCACUGGGACUGGUGCUUCUGGGAUACCUCUCAUAAGUACUUCUAAAAGUUUCAUUAAAAUCUUCACAGUAUUGUCAAUUAAAAUGACUACAAAAUGCUGCCUUCACUACAAAAAUUACAUUAGCAGCCUAUUCUGGUUUUGUCUGGAGUAUUUCUUUAGACUAUGUUCUCAGUAUUAUAUUUGGGAAAUGCAAAAGGUGUUACGUGUGUGUGGUAAAAGGCUUGUUUCCUAUUGCUGUGUUCUGAAAAAUUAUUAUUCAUCACAGAUCUUACAUCCGGUGUGGGGUUUUUUUUAGCGUUUUUAACCAAAACCAAGGCUGCUUUUUAGCACUGAUGCAAUUUGAAAUCAUUGUGACCAGGUAUCUUGAUAUAAUUGUGUGGCAUCUUCCCGACUUGCUGCUCUGUAGCUAUAUGAAAUUAUCUGGGAGAGAAUACAAAAUAGUUGCUAAGUUUUAGAAAUAGAUACAAAAAUAGUAUAACAAUAGUAUGGAUUAAUGAUUGCCCUACCUUUUAAAAAUGAUUCUGUACAUAAAAAUAGAAACCCUCGUAUUUGAGCAUCUAAAUGUGAAAUUAUGCUUACAGGUAUGAAGGACAGCUUUAGAAAAAAGAACAACAAAAACUACCCUCUGUGUCUCCAGGAGGAGGGUACAAUGAGUCAGUAACUGUUUAGAAGCUAUUUCUGUGUUUAAAAACAUCUAGUGAGUGGGAUGUCAGGCAAGAGGGAGGCAGAGUUAGGAGUAAAGAAACUGUGCUGGUGUGACAGUGUUGGAAUAAUGAACCUAUUUGUUGCCAGUUCUUGUUUUAAAACAAUGCUAAAAUCUCAAAGGCUUCAGAAAAAAAUCCAACUUCUGAGAACAGAGAAAAAAUAAAAGUAAUGCAUGAGAAUUCUGUUAACUUACUUAUGGGGGAAAUGUCCAACAGAAAAUGCUCUUUCACGGAGAUGAGCACAAGCAGACGGUGUCCUAAAGCUCGAUCAGAUGCAGUUAAAAUGAAAGUAAAGCUCAGAUUGUUAGUGGUGAGGCUAACUAACCAUUAGGAAAUUUAGAGAUACUGGAUUCUGUAUGCCCUGAGGUUUUAAAAAUGAGGUUAGCUGCCUCCCUUUAUAAAACCAAGAACCAACCUAAACCAAACCAUAAAAAUCCCAACACCAAUAGCAACUGUUUAGUACACUUAUGAAAAAAAGAUGGAAUAAGGCAGAAAUUGUUGCUAUUCUGAAAACUAGGAGAGAAAAGCACUGAAUAACCAACUUUUUUUAUUUACUCGCUCAAAAUAGUUUUUGUAACAAAAUUUAGUCUUAGGUGUGAAACCUGUUCUUGGGAGACCUGCUGAACUCAUGUUUUAAUAACCUAAUUCAUGCCAGAUUUUAUCUUGUUGGGGGUAGAAUCUAAAGUUCAAAUACUACCUUAGUUCAAGAAAACCCUGAAAUCAUUCAGAUGCAUCCCUCUCUUGAGAACAUUUCCUAGAGCACUUUCCAUAAGCAUUGCUCUCUCAGCCUAUAAACAGAGUAAUCAUCUUUUUUUUUCCUAUUAAAUGUUCUCAGGGUAAGCUUCAGAAGAAAUUGGGUGGAAAGAAGUACACUUAAAAUGGCAGUGUGAAACAUCCAGUCCUACCUGAUGCUGUAAUUUAAUACACCAAAUCUUGAAACAGAGAUUGACUUUGAGCAAGGGGUUGGUUUUACAGAUGGCUGACAUGUCUUUUCAGUAGGUGUGAGGUCCUUGUAAAUCUUCAUAGAGCUGUUCAGAAAAGAGUCUGAAAUACUGAAAACCCUUCAGGUUCUGAUUUCCAUCUAAACUAUGCAACAACGUACAAUGCCUAGUUAAUAAAACAAGUACUGUUGGAUUUACUCUGGCUACCUGUGUAAGUCUCAAACCAAGGCUUCAGAGGAACAUAGUCUUAUUUAGAAUUCCUUUCCUCCAGAUCUUUGUUGAGCAUAAAUAUUUUUUUUCUAAGUUAAUUUCAGCGACUGUUUAUGGACUGCUCACUCCAGUCAAAGAUGACGUAGCCGUUCUGAGGCCAUCCUUCAGGUUAUGCUCAGUAUCGGAUGAGGGAGACAACUGACGUUUUGCUCCUUUGGCUCUUCAUGUGCAAUGUCCGGGCAUAUGCAUUCUCCUGUUCCCUUUGGAGACACUGGAUUGUCAGAGCUGAUGCAGACCAUAUUGGAUAUGGAUUGUACCCUUCAGUUCCAUGUUCCCAGACUUCUUCCCUGCAUUAAACCUUUGAAUAACCAUAGCCUGCUAGACCGGGCAAGUUUUUUGUGAAAUGGAGGAAUGUGAGGUCAAACUGACUCUCAGGACUGCUGAAGGAAGGUGCCAUUCACAUGCUAGGACUAGAUGGUCGUUCAAGGUCCCUUCCAACCCUUGAGAUUCUGCGAAUGGUUUGAUUACAUGCUUAUGAUGUAAAAAAAUGGACACUACCAUUUUAAAGCAAAAAUGCCCUGCUUAGUCCUUUGCAGUACAUGCCAGAGGGACGGGAGAAACUUUCUUGCAGCCCCAAAAUAAUUCUCUAAGGAUGGGAAUGAAGGCUACUGUCCUUAGGCUCCUCUUUAUGGGUUAGCUUAAGCAACCAGGUGCUCAGUGAUCUGGCAGUGUGCAGGCACCCGCGCAGAGGGCUCGGCUCUCCCCUCCAAGCAGGGAUGGGGAGCAGAGGUGCUGCCACCUUCAGGGCCUGUAUUCUCCUCGGGGCAGCUACAAAUGUUACAGAAGCUGAUUUUCAGACAUUUCAGAACCAACCCUUUAAUCUCAAGGGGGUGUGUGCGUGUGUGUGUGUGUGUACACAGAUAUAAAAAUACAAUGUAUUUUGAGCACAGCAUGCACCAACAUUCUGCAUUUAAGUACAGGAGCUGCAGCACUGGAAUGUGGAGCUAGCCGAGGAAAAAGUAAGUAUGUUGAACUGCGUGUUUCACUGUUGACAAGCGCAGCAAUGUUACCGUUCCAGACAGCAAGUGAGUUUCUAGUCAUGUAGACUUUGGCAUAUUUUCAGUAUGCCUUGUAGUCUUGUAUAUGUAGUGUCAACAUUUUUAGUGUUCCAGGACCGCUUAUGCCAAGAUUAGAGUGAUUUUUUUAUAUUACAAUGUGUGCUAAUAUUGAUACCACUGACGUGUUCAAGUACCUUUAUAGACAUCAUAUUUUGUAUGUUGGUUUUGAUAUUAAAGGAUAUACCUCUUGCUAGCCUUAACUCCGUUCUUUAAAGUUCUGCUUUGUUAGAAGGGCAAGAAAUGAAUGUCUGAUGUUUUUCAUGGUGCUAAAGUAACUGUGAUCUGUCUCAAAUUACUCAGAAUAAAGAUGGUAGCUCUUAAGUGC